CAUGGCUCUAGCCACCGCUCCACCAUCUUUCGGGCUGCUGAGGUUAUUAUUGCCGAUUAAUCAACAGAUAUACAGAUCAGCUCUCAAAAUGUCUUCUGUGUCUUCCGUGCAUCUUCUAAGACAAUUGCAUUAGCCUCCUGCUAGUUGACUAAUAGAAUUAAUAAUUGUAAAAAGCACUCUAAAGCCACAUGCCUUAUGAAGUCAAUGCUGGGUAUGAUUUUACAAAUAUGGUCCGGAAAAAGAACCCCCCUCUGAGAAACAUUGCUAGUGAAGGCGAGGCACAGAACCUCGAAUCUAUAGGUACGGAAAGCAAGGUAUCUGGAAGGAACAAAGACUUUUCUGCAGAUCAGAUGCCAGAAAAUACUGAUCAGAGUGACAGUGCAGAAGUGAACAACAAGGAGGGUCAUUGCCUGCAUGUCCAAGAUUCAUCUUCCAGCAUUAAGAAGGACUUAAAAAGCUCAGUCCUGAAUGAGAAGGCUGGCUUCAAUUAUGAAAGCCACAGUAAGGGAGGAAACAUUUCAUCCUUCCUUCAUGAUGAGGUGACAGACAGAAAUAUGUUGGCUUUCUCAUCUCCAGCUGCUGGGGGAAUCUGCGAGCCCUUCAAGUCUCCUCUAAGAUCAGAUACAGAUGACACCCAAGAUAUAGUCUGCACCCCAUCAGGGGAACCACUGGAGACAAAUGAAGAACAAAAGAUGUCACCCAAGGCUACAGAGGAGACAGGACAAGUGCAGAGUGGUCAGACUGAUUGUCCAGGUUCCAGCCCAACUUCAGCGGCCUCAAAAAACCCACAAGUGCCUUCAGAUGGGGGUGUAAGACUGAACAAAUCCAAAACUGAUUCGCUGGUCAAUGAUAAUCCAGAUGCAGCACCUCUGUCUCCAGAGCUUCAGGACUUCAAAUGCAACAUCUGUGGAUACGGCUAUUAUGGCAAUGACCCCACAGAUCUGAUUAAGCACUUCCGCAAGUAUCACCUAGGAUUGCACAACCGCACCAGGCAGGAUGCUGAGCUUGACACUAAAAUCUUGGCCCUCCACAACAUGGUGCAGUUCAGCCACUCCAAAGACUUCCAGAAAGUCAACCGCACUGUGCUUUCCGGUGUGCUCCAGGACAUCAAUUCCUCCAGGCCUCUUUUACUAAAUGGGACCUACGAUGUGCAGGUCACUUCAGGUGGAACUUUCAUUGGCAUUGGACGCAAAACUCCCGAUUGCCAAGGAAACACCAAGUACUUCCGCUGUAAAUUCUGCAACUUCACAUACAUGGGCAACUCAUCAACUGAACUAGAGCAACACUUUCUGCAGACUCACCCAAAUAAAAUAAAAGCUUCUCUCUCCUCCUCUGAGUCUGGGAAAUCUUCAGAGAAAAAUUCUAAUAAGUCCAGCCCUACUCUUCGAUCUUGUGAUUCUGGAGACUUGGGAAAGUGGCAAGACAAAAUUACCGUGAAAGCAGGAGAUGACACUCCUGUGGGUUACUCGGUACCCAUCAAACCCAUUGAUUCCUCUAGACAAAAUGGUACAGAUGCCACCAGCUACUACUGGUGUAAAUUUUGUAGUUUCAGCUGCGAAUCAUCCAGCUCCCUCAAACUGUUGGAACAUUAUAGUAAACAGCAUGGGGGAGGGCAGUCAGGAGGCCUUAAUCCAGACUUGAAUGAUAAGCUUUCCAGGGGCACCGUCAUUAACCAGAAUGAUCUAGCCAAAAAUACAGAGGGUGAGCCAGUAGCUAAGGCAGAAAAGGGAUCCAGUGCAGCUAAAAAGAAAGACUUCUCGAGCAAAGGAGCCGAGGAUAAUGUAGUGACAAGCUACAAUUGUCAGUUUUGUGACUUCAGGUACUCUAAGAGCCAUGGCCCUGAUGUAAUUGUGGUGGGGCCACUCCUUCGUCAUUAUCAACAACUACACAAUAUUCACAAAUGUACCAUUAAGCACUGUCCAUUCUGCCCCAGAGGCCUUUGUAGCCCUGAAAAGCACCUUGGAGAAAUUACUUAUCCAUUUGCUUGUAGAAAGAGUAAUUGUUCCCACUGUGCGCUCUUACUCUUGCACCUGUCUCCUGGGGCUACAGGAAGCUCCAGAGUUAAGCAUCAGUGCCAUCAAUGCUCAUUCUCUACGCCUGAUGUUGAUGUUCUCCUGUUUCAUUAUGAGAAUGUGCAUGAAUCCCAGGCGUCUGAUGUCAAACAAGAAACAAAUCACCUGCAAGGGACAGAUGGGCAUCUGACUGUCAAAGAAAACAAAGAACACUCAUGUACCAAAUGUGACUUUAUUACCCAGGUGGAAGAAGAGAUUUUCCGACACUACAGGAGAGCACAUAACUGCUAUAAAUGCCGUCAGUGCCGCUUCACAGCUGCUGAUACCCAGUCACUACUAGAGCACUUCAACACUGUGCAUUGCCAGGAAUUGGAUAUCACUACGGCCAAUGGAGAAGAGGAUAGCCAUGGUGUGUCUUCUAUCAAGGAGGAACCCAAAAUUGACCUCAAGGUCUAUAGUCUAAUCAAUCCAGAUUCUAAAAUGGGGGAGCCAGUCUCUGAUGCCAUAGUGAAGAGAGAGAAACUGGAAGACAAGGAAGGGCUUAAGGAGAAAGGUUGGAAUGAUGGUUCCAGUGAUGAUCUUAGAAAUGUGACCUGGAGAGGAGCAGAAAUUUUAAGGGGCAGCCCAUCUUAUACUCAAGCAAGCUUAGGUCUUCUGACCCCUGUGUCUGGUACUCAAGAGCAGCCGAAGACUUUAAGGGAUAGCCCUAAUGUAGAAGCUGCUCAUCUGGCUCGACCUCUUUAUGGCUUGGCUGUUGAGACCAAGGGAUUCCUGCAAGGAGUGUCCACUGGAGGAGGAGAGAAAUCUGGAUCCCUUUCACAGCAGUAUCCUGCAUCAGGCGAAAACAAAUCUAAGGAUGAGUCCCAGUCCCUGUUACGGAGACGUAGAGGCUCGGGUGUUUUCUGUGCCAAUUGCCUGACCACAAAGACCUCUCUCUGGCGAAAGAAUGCCAAUGGCGGCUACGUAUGCAACGCGUGUGGCCUCUACCAGAAGCUCCACUCGACUCCCAGGCCUUUAAACAUCAUCAAACAGAACAACGGUGAACAGAUCAUUAGGAGACGGACGAGAAAGCGCCUUAACCCAGAGGCACUUCAGGCUGAGCAGCUAAACAAACAGCAGAGGGGUAGCGGUGAGGAGCAAGUCAAUGGAAGUCCGUUAGAGAGGAGGUCAGAGGAUCAUUUAACUGAAGGUCACCAGAGAGAAAUUCAGCUCCCCAGCCUGAGUAAAUAUGAGGCCCAGGGUUCAUUGACUAAAAGCCAUUCUGCUCAGCAGCCAAUAAUGGUCAGCCAAACUCUGGAUAUUCACAAAAGGAUGCAACCUUUGCACAUUCAGAUAAAAAGUCCUCAGGAAAGUACUGGAGACCCAGGAAAUAGUUCAUCAGUAUCAGAAGGGAAAGGAAGUUCUGAGAGAGGCAGUCCAAUAGAAAAAUACAUGAGACCUGCGAAACACCCAAAUUAUUCACCACCAGGAAGCCCUAUUGAAAAGUACCAGUACCCACUUUUUGGACUUCCAUUUGUACACAAUGACUUCCAGAGUGAAGCAGAUUGGCUGCGAUUCUGGAGUAAAUAUAAGCUGUCAGUUCCUGGGAAUCCGCACUACUUGAGUCAUGUGCCUGGCCUACCAAACCCUUGCCAAAACUAUGUGCCUUAUCCCACCUUUAAUCUGCCUCCUCAUUUUUCAGCUGUUGGAUCAGACAAUGACAUUCCUCUAGAUUUGGCGAUCAAGCAUUCCAGACCUGGGCCAACUGCAAAUGGUGCCUCCAAGGAAAAAACUAAGGCUCCAUCAAAUGUAAAAAAUGAAGGUCCCUUGAAUGUAGUAAAAACAGAGAAAGUUGAUAGAAGUACUCAAGAUGAACUUUCAACAAAAUGUGUGCACUGUGGCAUUGUCUUUCUGGAUGAAGUGAUGUAUGCUUUGCAUAUGAGUUGCCAUGGUGACAGUGGACCUUUCCAGUGCAGCAUAUGCCAGCAUCUUUGCACGGACAAGUAUGACUUCACCACUCACAUCCAGAGGGGCCUACAUAGGAACAAUGCACAAGCCGAAAAAAAUGGAAAACCUAAAGAGUAAAACCUUAGCACUUAGCACAAUUAAAUAGAAAUAGGUUUUCUUGAUGGGAAUUCAAUAGCUUGUAAUGUCUUAUGAAGACCUAUAAAAACACUUCAUAGAGCCUACCUUAUCCAGUA